UAAUUGGUAUAACAGUCAUAUGAUUUGACAAAUUUCAAUGUAUAUAAAAUCUGUACACGUCACAGGAUUUUUCAACUUUUGGUUCACACUUUACAUUUUUACAUUUCCGGUUUCUCAUGGGGGUACGUGGCCUGUGAGAGCAGAACACACAUUACCAAGAUUAAAUACCGACAAUGGCACAAAGAAAUGAACUUAUCGAUAAAGCGGAGGAUAUAGCAGACCAGGUUCUUCGAAAAAGCAAGCAUGUUCUGCCACAUGUAGCUAGAUUCUGUCUGAUCAGCACCUUUUUGGAAGAUGGACUCCGAAUGUGGAAUCAGUGGGGGGAGCAGCGAGACUAUAUGAACCACACCUGGGGGUGUGGCUAUUUCCUUGCCACCCUGUUUGUAAUUGUCAAUCUGAUUGGUCAGUUAGGAGGCUGUGUGAUGGUUCUUAGCAGAUUUAAAGUUACCAUUGCAUGUGGAGUCUUGGUUGGAAUCAUAGUUUUACAAACAGUUGCAUACAGCAUUUUAUGGGAUGUGAAGUUUCUCUUAAGAAAUUUGGCAUUAGCUGGUGGCGUAUUGCUGCUUUUGGCAGAGGAUAGAGCAGAAGGAAAGAGUUUAUUUGCCGGACUUCCCUCCCUUGGAGAGAACAACCCCAAACAGUACAUGCAGUUGAGCGGCCGAAUUCUUCUGGUUUUGAUGUUUCUCACCCUGCUUAGAUUUGAAAUGGACUUUUUCCAGAUGGUCCAGAAUUUGGUGGGCACAGCACUUAUUAUUCUUAUCGCCAUUGGAUACAAAACAAAGUUAUCAGCAUUAGUACUUGUCGUUUGGUUAUCCCUUCUCAAUGUGUACUUCAACGCCUUCUGGAGUAUCCCAGCAUACAAGCCGAUGAGAGAUUUCCUGAAGUAUGACUUUUUCCAGACCCUCUCUGUCAUUGGCGGGUUGUUGCUUGUUGUAGCUUAUGGACCCGGUGGUGUUAGUAUGGAUGAACACAAAAAGAAAUGGUAGUCUAAAUUUGUUAAAUUUUAGGUAUAUAUAUUUUGAACUUGGAGUAGAAAAUUGGCUCUAAGGCAAAUAUUUUCCGUAUGCAUGUAAGAUUUCUUUUGUUCAGAAGGAAGAAGAAAGCUACCCAUGUACACAUGUAUUACAACUGCAUUGUAUGUUUCAUUGUUUGUAAUGUGUUAUUUAUGUGGUUUGGUUUUGUUGAAUGAUACUUGAUAUUGCAGGUUGGGUAUUGGUUAAAUGAAUUCACUAUUAAAAAAUUUCAAUUAAUUAUUAGAUAUGUUUCUUCAAGUUUUAAUGUGUCAAAAAUGAACUGAGGGGUAUUUCUAUCCAUAUGUAUAUAUAUAUAUAUAGAAAACAUAUACAGUGUAUAUGUUUUUUGUUAGAGCAUGUAUAUUUUAUCAAAUUAUUUCUUGGUUAUCUAUAGACUUUAAUUGUUGAUAUCUUAUGAUUUUACAAUUUAAAAAUAUAUAUUUCUCAAUUUCCCAAUUGCUAGAGUUUUCGUAUACCAUGAAAUAUAUGUUUAAUUAUUGAAUAGUAGAGACUAUACUAGUCAUUAAAACUUGGGGAAAAACUAAGCUACAGUAUAAUAAAGAAUUGCCAGUACAUGUAUCUAACUUGUAUAUAAAGGUUGUUAUUGAUUUUUCGUAUGUUUAUCAGAUAUAUAAAUUAAUUAGUAAAAUGUUUAACAGAAUUUAUUGCCAAAGAUGAGCAGGGAUACAAGUAGUAGUUAAUGGUGCUUAUAGAUGUUAAAAUGCACUGAAAGUUUAAGAAUCAUUUUUUGUUUUUCACAUUUUUAACAGUGAAAUGAGAAUGAAAUGCACCAACAUGCACAGUCAUGAACAUUUGUGCAAUUUCUGAUUUUCUGCUGAGCAGUAGCAAGACUGUGUGUAACAUUAUACUAUAACUCGUGUAAAUAUAGAAUUUAAUUGUAAUGCACACAUACAAUAUAUGUAUUUGUGUAAAUGAACACAUGACAGCUUUCUAGAAUUUUAGAGAUUUAAAGCCGGGAAUAAUCUGAAUACCGAGGUGCUUCGCGGUGGUUAUAGAUUCAAAUCUUCAAAAAAUGCUGUAACUAGUACAAGCAGUAAAACAUGACUAAACAUUCAAAUGUGAAAUCAGAAGUGAUGACAAAAUUGAUUCCACACAGAAAGAGGCUCAAAAACAAAUCUACUAUAUUGAUAUUUAUUUUUCCGCUGUCCAGAAUUUUAGUCUUGCAUGAGGACAGUUUAUGUGCAUGUGUAGCAUACUACAUGUACUAUGCUACAUGUAUAUUGAAUGUGCUAAUUAUUGUAUCUUCCAUUAGUGUUGACCCUCUUUUGUUAAGCUUUAUCAUUUAGUAAAUGCCCGUGAAUAUGGUAGAGAAGUAUGCUAGUGUAAAUGUUGUCUUGUUUUACAUUGUCAUAAACUGCCACAGAAAACAUCAAUAAAAACAAGUCCGUUUUA